AUGGAGAAAAGUCCAUUUGGGACUGCAUUCGUGUCAAUCUCGCAUUCACCAGAUAUUAGCAUCGAUUACACCGAGUACUUUGGAAACAAAGGGUUCAUCUACGUCAUUAAGCCUACGGCGAAUAUUAUUGAUGCGGAAAAAUCGAGAAUUCGUGAUAAUUCGCUCCAACAGGAAUGCUUAGCACUAGGAGGCGUCUCAUGGUCACAGGUUCACGGAUGGAUACCCCAGGAGAGAUAUGAAGCCUGGAUGAGGAAAUCGGGAAACCAACGGUUCAUGGACGAGCUCAUGCCUCAAGUCGAACGAACCCCGGAUUUUCAAGCGGACCGAUUCAGAACGAGCCGUCUUUCAACCUUGACAGAAAUAGUAGACUUUUCCAGUAGAAGAGAAGCCGAAGCAUUUAUGGACAGGGUUGGCCGCAACAGUGACGUCGGGUGGACGGGUAGUUUCCCGCUUCCCUCGGACGUAGUAUACAAUGAAAAACUUCGCCAAAAAGCCGCCAAGAAGAACAAGAUGGCCCCAGGAGGAGAUGAGGAAGGCCCCGACGCCAAACAGCCAAAGCUUGAGGGGGAUCCGGGGCCGAGCAACGAGCAUUGCAAGCGCGGCGAGAAUUGCGGCUCGCGGGUUCUCAACCAAGACAACCCCGAACAAGCACGUCACAGGCAGCUCAGACCCAAACCCGCCGGCCACGGAUGGAAGAGAGCCGGAAGGUGCAUUCCCUCGCUGGCCAACGACGGCCUGGACGAACGAAGCCAGCAAGACGCUUUGCGCGACAGGUUCCUAGCCCUUGUCGACCCUGAGAAAUACGCCUUCAAAUCCCACACAACGGAUCACGCGGUUUUAUUCCUUUCGUUGAAAAACAACUACAUCGUACGAUGUGAUGGAGGUGAUGCCGUUGGUUCCAAACUCGACCUGGACACUUGCGCUUUCGCUCCCAUCGCUGAGGCCAAACCAGUGUCAAGCCGACGGUAG